GAAAGAUCCAUCCUCAAACGUGCACAGCCUUGUGGGAACCAGCCAGAUUGGGCCGCUCAGGUGGAUCCCAGCCAACCAACCACGUCGCCCGUCGCCCACCUCACCCUGCACCUCACACCUCGCUGUCCCACCGUCAGUCACCGUCCACACUCCCCUCCCCUCCCCUUCACACUCAAGGUACGGACAGGCUCCCGAGUCCCAAGUCCCAAGUCCCAAGUCCCAAGUCUCUCUCCUCCUUCGAAUCCCAAGUCCUCAGACCCCAAUUCCACACACCGUGGACCUGCCCUGGUGCCGGGUCUCUCUGUCCGGUCCCCCCCCCCCCCCUCCUGUCCUCGCUUCCCCAUCUCAACUCCUCCUUCGCACACUGUAGCACAUUACCACUCAAUCUCCCGCCGCGCUACGGUAUUCUCUCCCUCUCUCUCCAACGCCCCCAAAACGUCGCCAAACCCCCUUCACUUCCAGUCACCUUACCACUGUCAUCCGUCUCCGGCGUCGCUGCUUGACUCUCUACUCGUCGCUGUCACUCAGUCACACUCAUCCACGCAAACUAUCAUUGCGCAAACCUAUUCGCGACAGCGAAUAACAUCUCGUCGUCCGCGACUGUACCCCCGCCGCCUCCAGUUUGUGUGCCGUCAGCUCGCGCGUCAGCACAGCCCCAGGGCGGUGCGGUGCCUGAAAGGCUGACUUGUGAACUGCCUCGCCCCGAUUCUAAAGACAGCAACACACAACACACACACUCCCGCAAUCGCAUCCACGUACACACGACAUCCCUCCAUCCCGACUACCGACAUCCAUUUACAUCAUGGAUCAACAAGGCCAGCGCGGUCGCUCACCGUCUGCGGGGCAUCAACAGCCUCAUAUAAGACAUCCUUCGCAUUCUCCGUCUCCGAAUCCCUUCCAGCCCAAUACCGAAGCAUCAAUUGGUCUCGGUCUCGGCUUGGAUCAAUCUGCAACUCAAGCCUUCAACGGAGCCGCCUCCGCCGACUUCUCCAGCUUUAAUAACACAAACAACUUCCUCAACGGCCAGCAACCCAACCAGCAGUCUUACAACCAGUCCGGAGCUGCCUUUGCGAACCAAAACCAAGCCGGCUUCCUCGACCCCAACACCUUCCCCUCCGGCGACUUCGCCCUGUUUCCCAACGCCGGCCAGAACGACCAGCAGUUUACCACCGGUGUCUUCGACCAGAGCCUCAACCCCGGUGACAUGAACAACAUGGCUAUGCCGCAGAGCCACCACUCUCCUACACCUCCCCACCUCCUCAACCCGGACCCCCACCAGACUCCCUCCGCGCACCAGUCUCCGGCCUUCAACCAGCACCAGUUCUCUUCGCCGCCCUCGGGCGCGGGCCACUCUAGACAUGCCUCCCUCGGUCCCGAGGCCGCUCUCCUGCCGAACCAACUGAAUGAAUGGAGCCAGCCUCAGUUUCGAGGCCACCGGAGAUCCCCGUCCGAGUACUCGGACGUCUCUUCCGCCGCACCGUCUCCGAACUUGGUGAGCGCCGACAGCUUUGAUGGAAUCGACCAGAGUCAUUCGCCCAUGCAGCGACCACAAGAUGCUGGUCUCUACCAGCAGAUUCAGGGUUUCGACAACUUCACCAUCUCGGACCCCGCCCUGGGCAGUCCCAACCUGCAAGGGCGAAGCCCCUCCCAUAGCCCGGCCAUUUCCCCGCGCAUCCUCCCUCAGUCGAUGCCCGAGCUGAACCAGCCAACCAACUUUGGCCUGCAAGCACAGAAUGCCGGCUUCGUCAGUGGUACUGGCUACACCGGGCAAGAAGCGUUCCCGACUCUGCAACAGCCGGAGAUGCCCCAGGCACCGGCCAUCAACAUCGAGUUCGCGCCCACGGCAAGACAAAACAACUUCGAACAGCCCAAGAACCAGAUGGAUCAAGAUUCUCUCACGCCGCCAGAGCGAGGCCGUCCGCGAUCCAGACCCCGCGCAGUGACAGAUCCCUUUAACAGCUCCGGAGGAGGCAUGGUGCGGCAGACUUCUGCCGGCAGCUUGUCGCCUCAUCUAGGAUCUGAUCUUUCUGGCCGAGACUCAUCACGAUCGCUCUCCCCGCUCGAUCGGGGAGCUGUAAGCCCUAGUCGCAGGCGACAAUCUACCUCAGCCGUGCCAAACAACGUUAUCGCGCUUAGACUGGCGGAUCCUGAAUAUCAAAAUGCACAGGACAACGGAAACUCCAAACGUGUUCAGAAGCACCCGGCAACAUUCCAGUGCACCCUGUGCCCCAAGCGCUUCACUAGAGCCUACAACCUCCGAUCUCACUUGCGAACGCAUACAGAUGAGCGUCCCUUCGUCUGCACAGUUUGUGGCAAGGCGUUCGCGAGACAGCACGACCGCAAGAGACACGAGGGUCUGCAUUCUGGAGAAAAGAAGUUUGUAUGCAAGGGAGACCUCAAGGCUGAUGGUCAGUGGGGCUGUGGUCGCAGGUUCGCGCGUGCCGAUGCGCUUGGCCGACACUUCCGAUCAGAGGCAGGUAGAAUCUGCAUUAAGCCCUUGUUGGACGAGGAAAUGCUCGACCGGCAGCGCGCAUGGCAGGAGCAGCGGAUGCAGCAACAGAACAUGCAAAAUAUGGCGGCCGGUAUGGGCAUGGAGCCAGGUUAUCCGAUGGACGCCGGUGGACAGUACAUGCUGCCAGCUGCUCUGUUGGCUCAGUACCCGGCGCUGGCACAGAUGAACUGGUCAGCGCAAGACGCGAGCAGCGGUCUCGAAGACGACAUAUCGGGCCGUUCGUCAUUCGAUGCCAGCGACUACGAAGGCGACGACGGUGGGUAUGUCAGCGGACCCGGUACAGGCUUCGGAGAGGGCGGCAUGGGUCAAAACUUUGGUGAAGUCGGAUAUGCCAGUGAUUAUGGUGGUCGGUAACAGGGUGAUUCAAGUUCACUUGCCAUUUUCUUUGUUUUUAUGUCUUCUUUGCGGCCAACUGCCUGCGACAGGGUUUAUUCUUCACUUAUUUUCUGGGGAUGUGGCGCUUCAUGAACAAAGCGGAUGUACGGGAACAGCGUUAGCAGCGCCCUCAGAGGACGUUGCGCGGAUGGUCUGGUUACAGGAUUUAGAACGCGUUGUUAUAGAUACCAUUAUGACG